UGCAGAGACUCUGUGCUGUCCAGACGUACGCGUGACUAGAGAAAGAAGCUAACAAGAAAUCAAAAACCAGAGCCAAAACCAAAGACCCCAAUUGAGCAUACUAUAUAUCAUAUUAUUUUUUUUUACUUUUUAUUCUAUGCUCCCUGAACCGAUCUCUGGUUAGAAACUAAUUCGAAAACUUUGGUGAAAAGUGCAAAAAAUCAAAAAACGUGCAAGAAGAAAAUCAAAUAUAUAAAAAUACUAUAUUAUUUUUUGUACUCUUUAUAUAUACAAUUUAUAUUGGUUCUGUUGUAUAAACAUAAACAAUUCUCGCCGUGUGUGCUUACUCGCGCGGUGUGUGUGUGUGUGCCGGAAAAGUUUGAAACGCUUUUCCUUUCAUUUGUUUUUGAUAUUUUUUUCGCGCGCGAAUUCGCAUUUUAAUACAUUUACACUCUUGCAAAAAUGACGACCAAAAUGGCAAUUAAUGCAAAGGAUAUUUUCCGCAACCAGCAUCGAUUGAUACGCUUCAUCGAGCAGUCGAUACGCUUGUGCAGCAAUCAAUCCCUGAAGACAGCACAGCAGCAACAGCAAAAGGCGGCGGCAACAAGUGAUUUUGAGAUAAGCGCAUCGGUUAACACACAAUAUACAAAUGCACCGGAACCGGUCAAGCAUGACAAGGAUCUGGGAGAUAUAUUCAAGGCAUCACAGUUGUCCGUGCGAUUGGCGACACCGCAACAGUUGCAGCCCAAACCCGAUAAUGAUGAGGAACUUGGCUUUGGCAAACUCUUCACCGAUCACAUGCUAAAGAUCUACUAUCACAAGAGUUUGGGUGGUUGGCAGAAGCCGGAGAUUACGCCGCUGGAGAAUCUAGUCAUGCAUCCAGCUGCCAAAGUCUUACACUAUGCUGUCGAGCUAUUCGAGGGCAUGAAGGCUUAUCGCGGUGUCGAUGGCAAAAUUCGCAUCUUCCGACCGGACAUGAACAUGAAUCGCAUGAAUUUGGCCGCUCAACGUUCCGGUUUGCCCACAUUCGAGGGCAAGGAAUUUGUGAAAUGCCUCUCCCGUCUGCUAUCCAUCGAUUCCGAGUGGGUGCCACACACAGAAGCCGCCAGCCUGUACAUCAGACCCACCCUAAUUGGCAUCGAUCCUACGUUGGGUGUUGCUUCUUCAGACUCGGCGUUGCUUUAUUCCAUACUCAGCCCUGUGGGCAGCUACUUUAAGACGGGCGGCAAUGGCGCCGUCUCCCUGCUGGCGGAUCCCAGCUACACACGCGCCUGGCCAGGCGGUGUUGGCAAUCGCAAAAUGGGAUCCAACUAUGCACCCACCAUCAAUGUACAAAAGGAGGCCGCGGCACGUGGUCUGCAGCAAGUCCUUUGGCUCUAUGGCGAGGAUCAUCAGCUAACCGAAGUGGGCACCAUGAACAUAUUCAUGUUCUACGUGAACGAUCAAGGAGAACAAGAACUGAUUACACCUCCCCUGAAUGGUCUUAUUCUGCCGGGCAUCACACGUGACUCCAUUCUGACCAUGGCCCGCCAGUGGGGCAAAUUCAAGGUGACUGAGGGGGUGUUCACAAUGCCCAUGGUCGCCGAACUGCUGAACCAAGGACGGUUGUUGGAGCUGUUUGGCACGGGCACCGCUUGUGUGGUUAGUCCCAUCAAUCGCAUCAACUAUAUGGGCCAGGAUCUGUAUAUACCCACCAUGGAGCAGGAGAAGCCCAUACAUGAACUCAUUCGCGAAACUCUGACCGAUAUUCAGUACGGCAAGGUGGAUCAUCCCUGGUCGGUGGUGAUUGACUAAAAAUUCAAUAAGGUCAAACAUCAGCACCACUCAAACUAACCAAAAGUUGUUUGGUGGUGCAGCACAGCUGUGUAUUAGUAGGUUAUAUUGUAGUUAAAAGAAAUGGAGGAUAGUUAGAAGAAGGAUUUCUGGGUUGAAAAUAUGCUCGAAUUUUUGGUUGGUUGCAUUUAAAGAACUAUACGUAAAACGCAUAUACUGCAGAUGUAUACAUAUAUGUAUAGAGCUUACCUAACUAGCUGUAAGUUAAGGGCCGGUCUUUGCACCCAUGCUAUAUAGUUACUAUAUACAUUUAUAAUCAAUGUACGAUAUACCAUAUAUCAUUCUAAUUUCUAUUUAUUUAUAUACGCUACUUUUUUUAUAAUUUUUUGUUUUUUUUUUUAUUUGUAUUUUUUUGAGGUAUGCUAAAUUUACUUAAAUCAGUUCAGAUCAGAGGCGAUGCAAUUAUGAUAGAUUGAAUUUCAUAAAAUUUAUGAAUCACUUUUGAACGCUUUUACUUCCAAUUAGCAAAGCGAUUUACAACAUAGUAAAGUAAAUGUAAAGAAAAGCACGAAAAACCUAAAAGUAAUUUAAUUUCUAGCCAAAGUCUAAGUUCAGGAACUGCAAAAGCGCAGGUCUUAAGAAAAAAAAAAACAAAAUAACAAAAAAAUUAAAUCAAAAUAAAAUCAAAAAAAAAAAAAAAUGAAACAAAUAUUAUUUUGGAAACGUACCGGAGGCAAAUGCAUUUAUUAGUCAGUAAGUUGCCAGAGUCAUUUCUGGAAUGUU